GGGGUCUAGUGAAGCACUAUUCAGCCUUUUCCUUCAAGCCUGAAGAAAAAAAAUCAUAAUCAAACGCCACCAUGGUUGAGUGGAGCGAAAACGAACGCAGCAUCAUCUCCAACAUCUUUUCCAACCUGGACUAUAACGACGUUGGGCCCAAGGCUCUGGUCAGGUGUCUGGUCGUUUACCCCUGGACUCAGAGGUAUUUCUCUUCCUUCGGUAACCUCUACAACGCCGAAGCCAUCAGCACCAACCCGAAAGUCGCUGCCCACGGAAUCAAAGUGCUCCACGGUCUGGACCGCGCUCUGAAGAACUUGGACAACAUUAAAGCCACCUACGCCGAGCUGAGCGUCCUGCACUCAGAGAAGCUGCACGUCGACCCCGACAACUUCAAGCUGCUUUCUGACUGCCUGACCAUUGUUAUUGCUGGAAAACUGGGUUCCGCUUUCACCCCAGAGGUUCAGGCUACCUUCCAGAAGUUCUUGGCCGUGGUGGUGUCCGCUCUCGGAAAGCAGUACCACUAAAAUGUAGAUCCGUCUGCAUCUGGAAGCCAGAAGGAGAUCUAACGCCUGUUUCAAUAUGUUAUGGAUCACCUCAAAAAAGAAAUAAAGGCCCACUGAAGCAAA